AUGCAGCAGCCAUCAACAGACGACAAAGGUGUCCACUGGUUUCUGAGAUUGGUAACGGACCAGGUAUCCCUGUUAAAGUUUCUUGAUCAUGAUCGUUCGUAUCUGAUCGCUGAAAUGACUACAGUUUCAUUCAACCAAGUAUCGUGGCCAGACCAAGACGCGGACGCCACGGACCUGUUCGUUUUCAUGCUAAAAUCGCAGCAGGAAAGCGACAAAUACUAUAAGCAGUACCCAAAUGCGGACGUCUCAAAAGACGACUUAUGGCACAUACGGGAUAAUCGAGGAGUCAACUCGCAGGGAAAACUUCGUGAAUAUGCAGAGAAGCAUGUAUCAGUCAAUCAGAAGAGACGUGUGAUAGAAGCGGUGCUGGGUAUACAUGGUCUAGCAAAAGCUCUGUUUCCCGUUAUUAAACAACUCAAACAACUGAAAUACGACCAGAUUGAGCCCUUUUGCACUUUACUUUCGAACACUGCUUUGGGUUUGUCGGAAAGCUACGCGGCUGUUAGACUCCACUUAGUGGAUCGCCGGGCUAAAAGCCAAUAA